AGGGCAGCAGUACGCAUCACAGUGACAGCUCUACUUGACUGUUCAGGGAGAGGGCAGAGGAAGUAGACGCUGGAGCGGAGGAAACAUGGCAGGGCGCGUAAAAAGAAAAACUAAACCUAUUCAGGAUUGCGUUACAGAGAAUGGAAAACUGAAGAAACCUCGCACGAAUGAACUGAAAGACCUUCCCACAUCAACUAUAACUUGUCUACAACGUGAUGAAAUAAAAGAACUUUACAGUCUGGAAAUGCCUGAAGAUUUGUACCACUUUUGGGACUUCUGCAAGGAACUCUGUCCAGACAACCCCCGCGGUGCAUUAACAGAGAUUCUCGGGUUACAGCUGGUUGGCCCUUUUGAUGUUCUGGCAGGAGCUCACAAAAAACUAAAGACCAAGCCAAACUUAAAUCUUCAUUGGCGAUACUUCUAUGAUCCACCAGAAUUUCAGACUAUAAUUAGAAGUGAUUGCAGCCAGCUUCACUUUGGCUAUUACAGAGAUUCUCCGGAUGCAUUUCCAUCAUUCGUCGGAGAGAAUGAUGCCAAGAAAGGCUGCACUAUUACACAGAUGGGGGAAAAUGUGUUUGCUGCUGUUUAUUUGUUUCUACAGCGGAAAAAGAAAGAGAAAGGAAGUCAGAAGCCAGGUUUGGAAAGCCUUGAGGAAAAUCUACAAGACAAAGCAGACAUUCUGGGGUUUUCACUUGAGCAGAAAACCAAAGACAUGAAGCAAAGAGAUAAGAAGGUGGUCACCAAAACAUUCCAUGGUGCCGGCAUAGUUGUCCCAGUUGAUAAGAACGAUGUUGGAUACAGAGAACUACCGGAAACUGAUGCUGGGCUUAAGAAGAUCUGCAAAGCCAUUGCUGAAGCCAAAACUGAUGAAGAGCGAAUUAAAGCAUUUGGGCCUAUACAAGAGAUGAUCACUUAUGUGCAGUUUGCUAAUGACGAGUGCGAUUAUGGCAUGGGUUAUGAACUGGGAAUGGACCUUUUCUGUUAUGGAUCUCAUUAUUUUCAUAAAAUUAUCAAGCAGCUUCUCCCAAUGGCCUACAACUUACUGAAGAGGAGUCUGUUUGGAGAAAUUGUUGAGGCUCAUCUCUCAAACCGUAGUCAGGAACCUAUGGACCAACUGGCAACCUAAAAAAAAAACAAAAAAAAAACUACACCUGUUAAUAUGUUUCUCAGUGUAUAUGUUUCUUUUUCUGCAUUUGACUGUGUUGACUGUGACUGUAAUAUGUGGUGAACUCUUAAGUUUGGAGCCAUGUCAGUGAUGCAUUCAUAGUGUGUGGAAAGUAUCAAAUUCUAAUAAAGAUUUUUUUAUAUUUUUA